AUGAGAAUAAAACUACCAAGUGUAGCACAGGCAUGUGACAGAACGGGUGUUUCUGAUAGGACGGCAGCAAUUAUUCUUGUUAGUGCAGCAUUAAAAGAUAUAGGAAUAAUUACUACAGAAGAUUCAUCAAAAAUUGUCGACCGCAGCAAAAUUCGUAGAGAAAGGGCAAAAGCUCGAUUUGAGCUCAAGAGAAAAGAUAAAGAAGACGGUUCUGAAUUGGCUAUAGGUUCUGAUGGUACAGCAGUAAAUACUGGUAAUAAGAAUGAAAUUAUUAGACAGCUUGAGCUUUCGCUGAACGGUGAACAGCCGUUCGCUGUUCAGCCGAAAACAGUGAGAGAAUUAGGCCUUAGAAGAUUAUUGAAGUGUAGGAAAACAGCAAACCAACAAGAAAUACGGGAAUUCAAAUUGCCAUCUUUAAAUUUUUAUGCUGAAGACUACAUCGAUAUGAUUGACUGGCAGUCGACAACAAUAACAGAACCUCCCCUGACAAAAUUUAUUUCCAAUGAAGAACUAGAAGAAAUGAUUUUAGAUGUUCCAGCUGAAAUUGAAAUUCUAAAAUAUCCAUGCCACACGCAAGCAGUGGAAAGGUGCAUCAAAUUAGUAACAGAAGCGUCAGUUGCUUUUGUUUCAGGUUACUUUGCAUUGCCAUCGAUUUACUGCCUCGCAUGGAUUUGUCUCGACGUCCUUUUCUGUACAGCCUCAAUAAUGCACUUGUGCACAAUUAGCGUUGACAGAUAUCUCUCACUUAGAUAUCCGAUGAAGUUCGGUAGAAAUAAAUCACGGAGAAGAGUUAUUUUCAAAAUCAUUUUUGUAUGGUUGCUCUCCGUCGCAAUGAGUUUGCCGCUUAGUUUAAUGUAUUCACAGGAUCAAGAUUCCUUAAUCAUUGAUGGAACUUGCCAAAUACCUGAUCCUCUGUAUAAAUUUAUUGGGUCAAUUAUUUGCUUUUAUAUACCAUUACUAGUGAUGUUAUUGACUUAUGCAUUGACGGUUAGACUAUUGGCAAACCAGAAGCAAAAUUUAGCAACACACGACUGGUCAGCUAGCACGGGACCAGGUGGAACUCCAUCACAAAUGGAUCGAAAAUAUAAUUGGCGUCGUUUUCUUAAUUCUCCAAAAUCAGACAGCAAAUCUGGUACCCCGCAGCAUGUCCAUCACUCAGUAGCAUCUACGGAUACUGAGCUCACAACACUUGAUACUCACGAACUGUGGAUACAAGACUCAGAACCGAAACCAUGCACAAUGAGCGCUCUUGGUGCAUUUGGUACAGAAAUGCUAAAAUUAUCAAGAGGCCUAGAAGCGGCAUCUAAUAGUAUUAAAAGUGCUCCUGAAAAGAGCAACUCAUUAUUCUCACCAAGUCCCCUAAGAUAUGACCUACCUAACAAAAGCGACGAAAGUUUAACAAACUCCCAUUCAUCGUUACUGAGUUCUGAAUAUGGCUCUUGUCAGUUUAAAAGAAGAAGAGCGUCAACGUUUCACAUAGGAGACAAUAAAGAAGAGUAUUUAUCGCCAAAAUGGAAGAAAAGAAGAGCUAGUUGUCAUGAAAAUCUAGACUCAGACGAAAUAAAGAAAGAUAUUAUUAAGGACGGAAGAAACGAAAGCAAGUAUUCGUUAGCUUCGCCGUUUUUGAGUCCUUACUUCAAGGAUCAGCCAGAAAAAUUGUCUCUUCCCACAACUCCUGAGUUGAAGAUUUCGCAUGACCCAUUGAAGAAGACAAUCUCUAGGAAUUUAAAUGAUUGCAAUGAACAGUUCCUUACAGUAUCUCCCAUUAAGAAACCUAUGCUAAAAACCGGAGACACCACAAACAGUAUUAUGGUAACUUGGGAGCAUCGAAGUCAUCGGAGAGGUUCCAGUUUUGGAUCAACCAAAACAUCUCUGCUCUCAGUAUCACCGGCCCACAUUCCCCAACGAACACCACUAUUACUAAGACGAUCUGCUACACUUCGUCAAAGCGCACAGCCGUCUAACAGUAGCUUGGCAAAUAAGAAGAACCCUUCAUCUCCAUGUCUACUGCAACGAUAUAACUACAGUAAUAGUAGUACCACAAUGGGACGAGGCGUACGACCUCAUCAUAGUAGAAACUCCAGUGUCAUUUCCAGGAAUUCUUCCCGCCACGGUCGGAUCAUCCGCUUGGAGCAAAAGGCAACCAAAGUUCUUGGAGUUGUAUUUUUUACUUUUGUUAUUCUAUGGGCUCCGUUUUUUAUCUUAAAUUUAGUACCCAUUUUUUGUCCGCUUUGUGACAAAAACAUGGAGAACUGGAUAGUACAGCUAGUAACAUGGUUGGGAUAUGCCAGUUCGAUGGUAAAUCCAAUAUUUUACACAAUAUUUAAUAAAAUAUUCAGACAGGCUUUUAAAAAGGUUUUGUUGUGUCGGUAUCGAAAGACUAAAUGGAGACCGCACAGGUGACAGAUAAAGGUCAAGAAGAGCAGAAUGACGACUAGCGCGGUCAAUUUGUAAGUCAUGAGACUACUGUGUCAUAUCAAUCACUUUAAUGAUCAGUCUCACAAAGUCUCGGUAUUUCAAACCUAACUAAUUGACUUAAACUGCUACUAUUUUAUUUUUGUAUCUUAAAAAAACCAAAUCUGAAUUUAUUUAUUUUUUGGGAUUUUGUUAAUUUUUUUUUUAAAUCUUAAAUAUUUUUAAAUUUAAUAAAAAAAUUGGCUGCGGGUGGGAGAGUAGACAGCAAAUUAAUAUAAACCGAUAUUUUAAUUGGUGAUGUUGUACCGUUCUUCUUUUUGGUGUCGGCGCACUUGUGAACGGAGCAUUUCCGGCAAAUUAAUACUUAUCAACAUUUUAGACUACAGCAGAAAAUUUAAACAAAAUCUUGAAAAAAAAUGAAAAUCAAUAAUAAACGCUGACGUUGGUCAGCAAUUAUUAAAUCUUACGUGGAGCAAACUACUUGUUGAGACAUUGAUCAAAUUUUAAAAUGAAUUGGGUUUUGGGUGAAAUAAUAUAAAUAUACUAAAGAGCUCUUUACUUCUUGUCGAUUAGUUAGGUGUGAAAUUAGCGGGAUUUUGAGAGACGGGGCAUAUCUCACAGAACAUAUCUUAAUGAAUCAUUAGGGCAAAUGGAUUGUGAAAUUUUUAUUAGUGCAUCCAAAAUAUUUUUAUGGAUUUUGAAAUGAGAACAAAUAAAUUUGGGUAAGCAAAUUACUCUCAAAAAUACGGGUACUUUUUAUACUAUUUGUGAUUAAGAUUUAAUAUUAGUCCGGUGAAAAUAUGUUAAGUAUUUUAAAAAAAUUUUGCUUAGUAGGUUAUUUCAUACAAUGCGUUAUAGUUAUUAAGGUACCAAGGGUAUUAUAAGGAUAAUAACGCUUGAGGUCAGUGGUGUAUAGACCACUGUGGUAUAUACGUUGUCCGAAAGCGUUAUUAUUAUAAUACCCGUGGUGCCUUCAACGUUUAAUGUCCGACUAAAUUAUUCUUUAUAUGCAAAAAAUUUGAAUGAAUUUUGAAUUAAUUAGUUUUCAAAUAAGUACAUUUACCAGAAAUAGUCGUAACGUAAUUGUGGUAACCAUAGUUUUACUUAGAGUUUUAUUUGUCAACUUGACAGUAUUUAACUCGUUAUUUAAAUUUAAUAGGCCCUAGGGCGUUAUUUUUCAAUAACACGCCCUUGGGCGUUAUAUCGUACUUAAUAGACUUCGAAAUAAUGUCAGUAUUUGUCAAAUAUCAUAGACCAGUCGGACAUUAAAAAUAUUACUUAAGAAAUUAUGCACAGAUUUUAUUUUAAAUAGCAAAAUCCUAACAGUUGUUCUGUUCAGUUGAUCUGAUCAAUUCUCAUUAAGUUUUAUACAUUUAGGGCCGGUACUUUAACACAUUAACACACUUAAUAAUUUUUUUUAUUAUUAUUAUUAAACACAAGAUGUGUUUAGACUACUGAAAUCUGGUCAUCAGUUGACCAUUAUCAGUUCUUCUUUAACUUAUAUUACUAAAUGAUACAUAAUCUAAGAUCUUAACCCUAUGGUGUCCUCUUAUUUUUUUUAACAAGUAUGCGUUUUAAAACUUAAACUAACACACAAUACUACACUAUGCUCUGCUUUUACACUAAUACUUUACACUAACUUAAAUGGUUUUCUUCGUUUGAGUCUUCUUUCUAACCCAGUAUUAUCCCUCUGUCUUCAUAUAAAUCGCAGAAUGCUGCGAUGCUAUGCCUUAUCUGUUCUUUUUUAUGUUGUUGGACCUUGAAAACGAAGAUAUCUUCAGAAGAUUAAAAGCAUUUGAGAUGUGAUUAUAAAUAAAACCGAGAGGUAUUGACCACCAUCAAAUCUCGAAAGCUACAAUUCCUCGGACACAUUAUACAUUAUGAAAUAAAUCCAGAUAUAUGCUCUCAUACAAGUCGUCCUUCAAGAAAAAUCAUUUGAGAAGCGAAAUCCAGGAAGAACAGGAACACCCUGAUGAAAAAAGCUCAGAACAUAGUUUAACACAUGUGUGCAGCUUUUAUGCGCUGUUGCCAAGAAGAUAAAGAUUGCCAUCAUGAUCGCCAACAUUCGUCACAGACAGGCACAUCAGGAAGAAGGAGAAUAUUAACCCGGUAUGUCCCACAACUUUUUUGUUAAAUGUUUCGGUUUUUUUGUAAUAAAUAACAAUGAUUAUGCUAAUUAAACUCAAUUUCAUUAAUUAUUUGUUUAUUUGAAAAACGGUUUUUUGUUCAAGGCCUGUUGCCAUAUGGCAACACUGGGUCAUACCGCAAGUUUCUCUU